CGAUUGUGAUCUCGGCAAAAUUGUAUGCGGCAGGGCACCGAUAAUAUCGGUACACACGCUUGACGGAGUCUCAUCCGUGCGCUGUGUACAGUCGUUCAGGCUGCUGCCGCAAUCGCUGCGCAUAACACACCGGUGCUGAGGAGUGCUAAACAGGAUAGGCAUGGGCGCCUUCCCCCACCACGUCGAGGGAGACGCUCCCGCAUCGGUCUACACGGUCCUCGGCGCAUCUUUACUCAUGGUCCUCGCUGGCGGCUUGGGCGGUUUGCCCUUUUUCUUCGUGCCCAAGGGACUCAGUAAGCGAGCGGCGGGCCUCGCGAACGCCCUGUCCGCCGGCGUCAUGCUGUCGGCGUCGUAUACGAUGGUCUACGAGGCGCAUAAUGGCCCGCGAGGCUGCGUCUGCGGGUUAUUACUAGGAGCGCUGUUCGUGCGGUGGUCGCGCUCGUUUAUGGAGGAAGGCCACGAUCUGCUCGGCGAGAAGAAGCGGGGCCUGCACGUGUUUCUCGCGACGAUGGCUUUGCAUUCGAUCAGUGAAGGCGCCGGCGUCGGCGUGGCCUACGCACGUUCUGCUGGAGAGGCGUCCGGGGUCCGGAGGGGCGCUCUCGUGGCCACGGCCAUCGGCGCGCACAAUAUCCCCGAGGGCUUCGGCGUUGCCCUUGCUUUGGUUGCAAGAGGCGUCGGGCCGGGCCGCGCGACGUGGUGGGCCGUGUUGACCUCAGCGCCGCAGCUCCUCGCGGCGGCACCCGCAUUCCUCUUCUGCAACCUCUAUGCGCCGCUCCACCCUCUCUGCCUGGGCUUCGCCGCGGGCUGCAUGAUAUCCGUGGUGAUAGGCGAGAUGAUCCCGGAAGCCCUCGAGACGGCUUCAUCCGACGACGUCGCGUCAUAUACGACUCUAGCGUGCGGUUUAUUCGAGGGGUUUCGCAUGACGCUGGACUGGGCGGCGCACGAGCCGGACCACGCCGGACGGGUCUUAGCUGCCUUGGCCUGGUCCGUCGUGGCGGGCGGGGCUACGGCGGUCGGUGGCCUCGUCGUCGCGUGCGCGCCGCGGAAAGCGCGGCGCUUUGACGGCGCGGCGUUGGGGUUCGCGGCGGGCGUCAUGUUGGCGUUGGCCGUAUUGGAUAUUGCCCUGCCGCACUAUUAUGAGCGAGGAGCGAAGGCGGGCGGAUCAUAUAAAGCCGUCGGGGCGUUUCUCGGGGGUGCUCUCUGCGUCCACGCCCUCAAGUCGUUGUUAGCUUCGUGUGAUGAUGCCACGCUACUGCUAGAUGAGGCGCCGCUGCGUAGAAGUAGAUCAGACGAGGAGCUCAAGGACGCGACAGCAGCUAGAACCGCGUGGCUCGUCACGCUGGCUUUGGCGGCGCAUAAUGCCCCUGAAGGGUUAGCUGUGGGCGUCGCGGCGGCCCACGAGGAUACCGGAAGAGCAGCAUUGAUGGCCUUCGCGAUUGGCAUGCACAACGUCCCCGAGGGCGUCGCGGUGGCUUCGUCGGUGUAUGCGGCGACGCGGUCGCGCGAGCGGGCGUUCGUCGUGGCCGCCGCGACGGGCUUGGUCGAGCCGCUGGCCGCCGGGUUGUCCGCCGCCGUAUUAUCGCCGUUCCUGUCGCCGGAGGUGCUGGAGCUGGCUUUAUUGGGCGUCGCCGGCGCGAUGAUCGCCGUCUCGCUCCUGGAGCUCGUCCCGUCGGCGUGGCGCGCGGCGCCGCGGCCCGCAAUUAUAGGCGGCCUCGGCGGCUGGUGGGUGCUGCGGAUAGGGCUCGACUUCGUGGCCGCCGCGCACGCGUAGUAGUAUAUCUGUGAUCGUUUAGUAAG